AUGAGUAGCAACGCUACCAAUGUGUCUAUCUUGGAGCCAUGGAAUCCGGAAGUCGUCCGUGCUCACGAGAUUUCCAUUCUCGUGAUAGUUGGUGUCUUUGGCACACUGUCGACAGUCCUUUUAGGUAUUUCCCUAAAGAAUGGCUGGGAAGAACUUAACGGGAAAGGCUUCGACCUUGCAAAAUGGAAAAGUUAUUUCAUCAACCUGAUAUUUAUCGGAUCGUAUUUAUCACCAAUUUUCUCUCGUUUCUUUCGCUCCUCGUUGGACUACAAGUACUUCCAAGCCGUCGCUAAUGAAAAUAUUACGAAUCCAGAAAUUCGCGUUCCUACGGACAUUACCAUGAGUAUAUAUGCAAUAAGCAUAUUUGGAAUGUGCAUGAGCCUCCCCAUUAUAAUGGUCAUCUACAAGUUUUCGAAAAAUAAAGAGGCUUACUUGCCUAGCGUCACAAAGGUUCGAAUUAUUCUUGCCAUGACAAUUCUCCAUCUCACCGUCGAUAUACCCAGCCUCAUUUGUGAAUAUUUUUAUGUUGAUAAGUUUAUAACAGCGAAGCCGGAGGUCUUUGUGCCCAUGAAAUCAAUUCUUGCCGUCAUCGAGAACGUUUUUGCCGGAAUCAGUAUCAUCAUGGUUGAAGUAAAAUCUCAAAGUCUGCAGCAACUCGGUCUCGCAGAACGAGUUAUGAUCAUGCGAUUUGCUUUCGGUGGCUUGGUUUUAUAUCUCAUUUCUAAUACGACGCGAUGUACUCUGACACUGCUUCAAGCUUACAAAUGGCAAGUGAUUCCUCGUGGGUGCGUGAUCGAAGACAUUGAUGAUGGGAAGUUUAUUGCUAAUCCAUUCCAGAGCUCUUGCCUUAAUUACGCUGAAUUAGCGUUGAUAACAUUCGCUUGUCUAGCCACCAUUAUUGCGUUUGUCGUGCUUAUAUCCAACAUGAUUAUGUACCAGCGUCUCAAUAGCUACCAAGAAAUGGCGCCGCCGACCGACCAUCCAGAAGAGCUACCUGGAAAUCGACCUCGCGAAUGUUCUGUAUUUUCGAACGAAGCUUCAAAUCUAGACGAUUGA